CUUCACUUGCACUUAAUGGCUUCCUCUUCUUCUUCUUCUUCUUCAUCCAUUACUCCUAAAAUAGAGUAUGAGGUUUUCCUUAGUUUCCAUGGUGUGGACACCCGACAAAACAUUACCAGCCAUCUUUAUGAAGCCUUUUGUCAAAAAAAGAUUAAAACUUUCAUUGAUGAUAGCCUUGUUAGAGGAGAAGAAAUUUCUAUAUCUCUUUUGAAGGCAAUUGAACAAUCAAAGAUCUCGGUUAUCAUUUUUUCUAAAGGGUAUGCUUCCUCAAGAUGGUGUCUCAGAGAACUUGAAGAGAUAGUUAAAUGCAAGAACACAUAUGAUCAGAUCGUAAUACCAGUCUUCUAUAAAGUAGAUCCAUCUGAUGUCAGGAAUCAAACUGGGGAUUUUGGGAAAGCAUUUGGUGAGCUUGAAAAGCAUUUUAUGGAUGAUUCAGAGAUGUUGCAGACAUGGAGGACUGCUUUGAGGGAUGCAGCCAACCUAUCUGGUUAUGAUUCAAAGAACUCUAGGAAUGAGGCAACGUUGGUAAAAGAUAUUGCCAAUGAUAUAUGGAGGAAAUUGGAUUACAACUCCUCAUUUAUUCUUACCCAAAAGCUAGUUGGACUAGAGUCAUCAAUUGAAGAGAUUGAAAAUUUAUUAUGUUCAAAGGGUGUUUGCAAGCUAGGAAUUUGGGGCAUUGGUGGCAUAGGAAAAACUACUCUUGCUAGUGCUAUAUUUGAAAAAAUCUCUAAACAGUUUGAAGCUUCUUACUUCAUUUUGAAUAUUAGAGAAGAAUCAGAGAAAAGCGGGGGAUUAAAUGACUUAUGCCAAAAAUUGAGCUCUGCAAUUUUAGGGGAUGAACAUCUCAAUCAUGGAUUCACCUUUAGAAGAAAAAGUCUUAUCAGCAGAAAAAAAGUUCUUAUUGUGUUUGAUGAUGUAACGAAGUUAGAACAAAUAGAACGUUUAAUGAGAGCUUUUGACGACUUGGAUUCAAAUAGUCGAAUCAUUAUAACAACAAGGGAUAAACAUGUGCUAAGAAGUUGUGAAGUAGAUCACAUUCAUGAAAUGAAAGGGUUAUGUUUUGAUAAUGCUCUUCAACUUUUUGCCCUAUAUGCCUUUAGAGGAAACACUAUAAUAGAGGAUUAUGUCGAGUUAUCAUCUAGUAUAGUAGCUUACGCUGACGGGUUCCACUAGCUCUUAAAGUUCUUGGUUCCUUUCUAUUCAAGAGGACGAAGAGAGAAUGGGAAAGUGCACUAAAAAACUUAAGAACAAGUCUUCAUGUGGAUGUCCACAAGGUGUUAAAAAUAAGUUAUGAUGGAUUAAAUGAUAAAGAGAAGGUUGUAUUUUUAGAUAUUGCAUGUUUCUUUAAAGGAUUUAAAAGAGAUCUCAUAGAAGCAAUCUUGAAUGCUUGUGACUUUGACUCUCAUAUUUGUAUAAAUGUUCUCAUUGAAAGGUGUCUCAUAACUACAUCAUCUAACACCAUAAUAAUGCAUGAUUUACUUGAAGAAAUGGGUAGAAAAAUUGUUCAGCAAGAAUCAAUUGAUGAUCCUGGCAAACGUAGUCGAUUGUGGGAUCCCGAUGCAAUCUUUUCAGUGUUGAAGUAUAAUAUGGUAAAAGCCAGAACACUUAUUUUUUAUUUCUAUUUUAUACAUACAUAUAAUAAAAUAUUAGUUAGCAGAAUAUUCAUUUCCAGUUAUCAUUGGGAACUAAAUUAUUUGGUAUAGGGUAGCAAUGACACAACUAUUAUUAUUUUAUUUACAUAUUCUGAAAAGAAAUUUGAGAAAGAAAUAUAUUUGAGAGUAAAUUACUUAAGAAUUGAUGUAAUUAAGCAAUUUCAAAUUGACUUUUCACCAAUAUGCUUGUGAUUUCCAGGGAACUAGAGCAAUUCGAAGUAUAUGCUUUCAUACGUUCAAAGUAAAAGCGUUGCAUUUAAAUCCUAAAGCUUUCAACAAGAUGCAAAACCUAAGAUUCUUGGAAAUUUAUGAGUUCGAACAUGAAAAGAAGGUGCAUGGUUUUGAGAAACUUGAGUCUGAUUUCUCUGAGCUAAGGUACUUUUGCUGGCAUGGAUAUUCUGACAAAUCAUUGCCACCAAAUUUUAAUCCAAAGAACCUUGUUGCACUUUACAUACCUGAUAGCAAUGUUAGACAACUUUGGACUGGUGACCAGGUUCUUGUUAAUUUGAAACAUAUUGAUCUCAAUCACUCUAAGUAUCUAUAUAGUAUACCAGAUUUAUCACUUAUGCCAAAUCUUGAGUGCUUAGAGCUUGGAGAUUGUACAAAUUUGCUUGAGAGUUUCUCAUCUAUCGAUAAUCUCCAUAAACUUGUUAUCCUAUGUCUACAAGGAUGCAAAGGCUUUGAUAAUCUUCCAAUUAGUUCUAAUUGCCAAUCUCUUCAAGUAGUUAUUCUCUCUAAUUGCUCAAAUCUCAAAGAAGUUUCAUAUCUCCCUAGUACAGUUGAAGUGUUAUAUUUAGAUGGAACUGCUAUUAAAGAAUUCUCAUCAAUAGGGCAUUUAUUUAGACUAGUAACAUUGAGUCUUAGAAAAUGUUCAAAGCUUGAGAGAUUACCAGAUAGUAUUCGUGAGUUGAAAUCUCUUAAAUCUCUUUAUCUCUCGGGUUGUUCCAAACUUGACAGAUUGCCUAAUGACAUGGGAAAUUUACAAACUCUGGAGGUACUAGAACUGGAAGAAAUUUCUUUUGCAGAAAUAUCAACAUUUAUGACAAGUUUGAUCAACCUGGAGACAUUAUCUUUAACAAGAUGUAAGACGCAAAAGCGAUCGGGUAUCCCACUCAUGGAUUUAUCUGUCUUCCAAAGAAUGAGUGACCUAAUCUUGGUUGAUUGUUGCAUUGAAGUGUUACCCAACAAUAUUGGCCAAUUAUUCUCACUUAAAUAUUUAAAUCUUGGCCAAAACAAUUUGGAGACACUACCAGAGAGCAUCAAAGACCUCUCUAACCUGAUCUUUCUUGAUUUAAGCAAUUGCCAGAGGCUUAAAUACUUACCAGAGCUUCCAAGCAGGUUAAUCGAACUGAUUGCGGUGAAUUGCAUAAAUCUUGAAUCAAUAUCAAGUUUACCAGCUUCAUUCCUAGGUAAUUAUUCAAUUUGUUAUGGGAAUGCCUGGCUCCACAAUUGUUUCAAACUAAAAUUAGAUAUGAAAGAUGCUCUCCUGAAUAUUGAGAGAAAUGCAAAUGUGUGGUA